AUAGUUCCGGUCUUACUCAUUGCUGCAAUCGCAAGAUAUAAAUGUGAACCGAUUUCCGGAUAUAACAAUUAUGGAAAUAGUGCAUCGCAGUUCGGAGACCUAUUGAAGCCUCCCCCUCUUCCGCUACCAAUUGCACCUGUGCCAUUCCAUGGGGGGAAAGCACAGCGUCAAAAUACCAAUUUUGGAUAUCAUUACCAACCUGCUCCUCUAAUUACACCAAUCCAACGGCCUUCAGAUUUUAAGCUUCCUGCUCCAUUUUACAAACAGUAUAACUUUAACUUCGUGCCUGCACCUCAGCCUUUUUCAACAACUCCUUCCCCUUCCUUGUUCCAAAAAAUAUCGGGAUGGCUCUUUCCUUCCCAACAGGUUAAUACUAAAGUAAAUAACUAUAAUAGCGAGUCAUCAAAUAAAGAUUGCAAUCCCUGUAAUUUAGUGCCAUGGAUUCCAGUGAUAAAAUAUAACUUAGGAGAAACAAAUUCUCAACCAAGUUUAAGUUCCAAUUAUGGCCCUCCAAGUUCAACAGCUCUCGCUCAAAAUUUAGUUCAGUUUCGUCCACAACCAUUCGACACAACAAACCAAGAUCAGAGGCUAAACCAGCUUUUACUUGAAAAACCAAAUAUUCCUUAUGAGAUCUCAGAUCAAACACAAUUAAGUAGUAAUAUUUUUACAAACCCAAGUUCGACAUAUGGACCACCAAGUGCGACACAACAAAUAUCAAUUUCAUCACUAAGUCCUUCUAGUUCAACAUACUCUAUACAAAAAUCAUCGUAUGGAUUGUCGAGUACAUCAACAAGACCACAUAAUUCCGUGAACGGAUUAUCCUUUCCUUCCUACGAUUCUCCUACUUCAACACAAAUACCUUCCUCUUAUGUAACACCAUUGUCAUCUGUUACUGUAAGUCAUGAAGUUAAAACUCUUGUUCCAAUUUCUCAAACUUAUAUCCCUGUAGAAAAUGAUCUCGAAGUACUUAAUACUGCAAUACCAUCCGAAAAUAUACAACUUCCGAAAGUAUCUCAUCCGAUAGGCUUCAAGAAUUCUUAUGGGGAAGAUAUUACCAACAGCCACUCAUUGGAUAUCCCUUAUUCACUUACAGCAAUUGGUGCUGAUUCAACUAAAAUUAAAACACAUAAUAAAUUUAACUCAUUAGAACCAAAUGUUUCUGUAGCACUUGCAAAUCCUGCCCCUUUUUCAUUAAAUAGAGGCAGAAAUAUUCACACUUUGCAACCAGUCGCUCUACCGAAUUUAAGUGUAUCUCCUUUGCCUCCCAUUUUCAAUGCUCGACCAUUUCGUCCCAUAGCCUUUCCAAAUUAUCCAUUCAGGUUAGCACAUGAUAUAAACUACGUCAAAAAAACUUCAAACAAUAUUAACGUAGCGAAAAGCGUACCAGUUGCAGAAUUUGUUCAUUCAAUUGAAUAUCCUACUACCAUUAUUGAGUCGCCGGUUAUAGAUAUAGAUGCUACAAAAUCUACAUCCAAUCAUAAUAAAUCUUUUAGAAAUAUACCUAACAGUUAUGUAAUUGAUGAAGUUCGAGACAUAUCUCCCCAAGCUUCAGAAGAUCAUGUAUCAGCAGCUACAGCAAAUCAUGAUGUAAGUUUUGAAACAACUGGUGCAGAAUUUGGAAAUAAUUUUUCCGAAAACAAAUUACCCUUGGAUAUGAAACAAUAUUCCCAUGUGCCCGCAAAUCACAAGCCAGACUUUGCUGAUUUAAGAGGAGCUAAAGAUGAAGAUGUCGAUCGAUACCGUACUGAAAGUAAUCUCCAGAGUAUUGAUUCACCUCUUUUGUAUCUAAAACCCAGUGCACCGCAUAAGAAUUAUGAAAAUUUUGUAUUAACUAUUUCCACACCAGCAAGUCAGAAAGAGUAUGAAAUGUAUGACGAUAUUACUACUACAGUUGCACCUAAACAAUCUAAUAUUUCUGAUGAUUUGGAUGAAAGCAGAAAGUAUUAUAGAAAAGAUUUGCCAACGUCGACUAGUGAACAUGAAAAUCACCCAAAAAUUUUACAAAUAAUUGUUCCUUAUAUCAUGGAACAAAAACAAGGAAAAAACAAUAAAGAGUUGGGAUCAAUUUCACAGGAAGUGCAACAUUCAUUGACAAAGGAAGAGUACCAAGGCAGAAAAGUGCCCGUAAAUACAGAAAUAUCAAAAUAUAGCAACGACAUAGAAACUUCAACGGUUUUAAGUACAACGACAGAACAGCAAAGUACAUCAACCGUAACGGAAUAUUAUGAAACAGAACUACCGAAUACGCCAACUGUGUUGAGUGAUUUUUACAACGUUAAUGAUCCAACAUUUGAUAUAAUUAAAUUGCAACACACUAUUGACGACUGGACUGAACAAGAAUAUUCUAAUCACUACGCGACACCUGAUAGAACACGAUCCAACGAAAAACAUGCCAAACAAAUUCCUGAUGAAUUCUUGACCACAAUUAAUCCUUAUUCUCACCAAAAUACUGCGACAAAUGAUUACAAUUAUGACGAUUUUGAUCACGAAGGUUCUAGUAGUAUUCAAUAUUCUGUCGCAGAUAUAACAAAUGGUACGUUUCUCAAAUCACAAAAAGAAUAUAAUACAAUAGACAGAAUAAAAAACAAAUCUGAAACAGGUAAAGAUCUUGAUGAUAAUCAAAAACUGCGUAUAUAUACAGCAGCAUCUUCUUUCCGUGGUACUACUACAACACUUGCACCGUGGGGUUCUAUACAAACUUCAAUAUCGCCUUUAACGAACGAAAAGGUGUACGUUGUAACAUCAAAACCUUGGCGCGAUAAAACAGCCAAAACAAAUGAAUUUGAUGACAAGUUUGAGUCAAAAAAAGCUAGUAGUGACGGUGACGACAGCAUAACUGACAGUUUUCCUUUUAAGUCACCAAGGUUUGUCAGUCGUCCACCUUUUGGCUUUAAAGUGUCUGGACCAGCCUUGCUAGACUCAAUUAAAUCUGAUUCAUCUUACGGCUUUUCCAAAGGCUGGCAUCAAAGUAUAAACAACUUGCGCAGUCUUGACCAAGGCAUACUUUCGCUAGAAAGGCCCGAUGAGAGAGUUCAUGUUAAAACGGAUGAGGAUACUGCAAAAAGUGAGGACUUUGACGAUAAAUAA